AUGUUCUAUUUUUAAACGUAUAAUAAAUGUUUUUUUUAAUAUAUUAACUUUAAAAAUUGUAUGUGCCCCUCCCUAGACCAAUUCCUAAAUCCGCUACUGGUCUAUAUUCCAUGAUACUCUUAUCAUUUAAAAAAUAGUUAUCAUUUUAGACUUUGCACAGAACCAUACAAACGCAAAAUGAGAUGGUGUGCAUGCAGAAGGUGAUCGUUCAGUGUAUAAAGUUUACCACUCAAAUGGAUGCCUUGUUGGGUAUUAUAUCUGCAGCUUUGGCUUUUAUUACGUUAAUUGUAUUUUGGGUCAAUUCAUACCAUACGUAUUGGGCAAAACGGGGAGUCGAGACGCUGCGUACGACGCCACUAAUAGGAAACACGCAAAACAUCUGGCGACUAAAGGAACCCAUGGUGAUCAAUUUCAAACGGACUUAUGACCACUUUAAAGCCAAAGGCAAAAAAUACGCCGGAUACUACUUUUUUAUGAGACCAGUGUUUGUGCCAAUCGAUCUGGAUUUAAUUAAAACGAUUGGCAUUCACGAUUUUAACCAUUUCACCGAUCACAUCGGUUGUCUGGACGAAAAGGGUGACCCCUUGAGCACCCACCUAUUUAACCAAAAAGGAGAUCGAUGGAAAUUUUUAAGACCAAAGGUGUCAGCUACAUUUACGUCGGGAAAAUUAAAGGGAAUGUUCGACGGUAUGUUACGUUACAGCGAGCAAUUAGCUGAUUUAAUUUGCAAAAUGGCUGAUCGCACCAAAGCUAUUGAUAUUGAGCACAUAUCACUACUAUACACCUCCGAUAUCAUCAUCUACAAUAUCUUCGGAGUUAAAAGCAGAAUGAUUAUGGGUGAAGAAUUUGAGUUCGAAAGGUGUCUCAAGAAAUUGCAUGGUGCGGAUUUCAGAAACGCAUUGCACAAGCUACUUCUUUUAACAUGUCCCGACUUGUAUGCCGCACUUAAAAUGAGAACUUUUGAUAAGAGAAUGACAAACUUCUUCAUGAAUUUUGUUAAACAACGUUUAGAGCAACGUUCAAAAAGUAAUGUUAAGAAGAAGGAUUUUGUUCAACUGUUGCUCGAGUGUGGCUCAACUUCAAACGGAGAAAGCGAACGUCCGUUGAGUUUGGAAGAAAUCUGCGGGCAAUACCUUGUUUACUUUUUUGCAGGUACCGAUACAAUUUCUAGAGCAAUAUCGCUCACACUAUUUGAGUUAUCGGUUAAUCAGGACAUUCAAGAGAAGGCUAGAGAUGAAAUCAAAAGCGUUCGAAACAAAUUUAACGGAGAGUUUUGUUAUGAGGGAGUUCUUGAAAUGAAAUAUUUAGCAAACUGCAUCACAGAAUCACUUAGAAAACACCCGCCUGUAGCGUUAACCACGCGAGUCUGCACCAAAAAGUACAAAGUGCCAGAUACCGACGUUACUAUAGAGAAGGGAACGUAUGUUUGGAUUCCAAUCCACGCUAUGCAUAUGGAUCCCGAAUAUUUUCCAAGUCCUGAAAUCUACGAUCCUGAUAGAUUUACGGACGGAACCAAAACAAAUCCCAACCCCUUUGCAUUUAUGCCCUUCGGUUUCGGUCCACGGAUGUGCAUUGGGUCCAAGUUUGCAAUGUUGGAAGUAAGCAUCGUAUUGUCGCUUCUCCUUUCGCGAUUCAGAUUCUCUGUCCAUCCUGAUACGAAAAUACCGCUGAAGUAUGAAGCUUGGGCCCUUUCGCGACAUCCGUCACCCCCCAUAAAGCUACUUGCUGAGAGAAUAGAUAAGUCAUGAUCAACGUUCCUCUUACACGUAGAGCUACAACAUAAUGGGAGCGAAUUUUAUUCAAUGUGUAUAAUUCAUGUCUGUGAUAACAUAAAGGAAUACUUGUACUAUAACAAAAGUGCUUGUCGAAGAACUGGCCUCCAAAGUAAUCGUUUAGGAAAUAAAAAUCCUUAGAAUUUGACCGAGAAGUGCGCGCUCAUUUCUGUUGAUUGCUUUCACUUGGGAGACCUUUUGUGAGUAUAGGCUUUUGAAUGUUAACGACCCACAGAGUUCAAUCCGAUAACUUCAUGCCUCCUCUUCCGAACGCCAUGUCAAAUGUUCAAAUACUGCAAUACUUUUGGUUAAAUAAGUGGAUGCUGAGGGGGUCAUCCUGUUCGUUGAUUUGAUCGGUGAAAUGAUUAAAAUCCUGAAUACCAAUCGCCUCGAUUACCUAUUUCGAGAUCGAUUGGCACGAAGGAAAUAAUAUCUGGCAUACCAUUUACCUUUGGUUUUGUCUUUUUUAAGUAGAUGUCUAUUGGUUCCUUUAGCAGGCAGAUUUCUUACGUGUUUCCAGGUAUAGUGGCGACGUAGGCAGUGUAUCGGUACCCUUUUUCCUUCAAUAUGUAAUAAGAGUCAUCCAUUUGAAAGUAAAAGUUCUUUCAACACUGCUGUAAUCAUUUGUGACAAAAUAACAUUGCAUAACCUAUUUAGGUUUACGGUUCAGUGCCGGGUCUGUAUAUAUAAAUUUAAAUAUCUUUAAAACGGAGUAUCGUGGGUUGUAGGAUAAAUUGGCGAUUGUAUAGUAUAGAUAAGAAAAAAUUACGCAGUAGAAUCAUCACCAAACUGACGAAUGUAGUUUCAACUUAAAAAUAUGACCUCAGAAAUCUAUGGCUUUGUGGUAAAGGGUAAUUUGAGGUUUUUACGAUUAAACGUAAGGUAUCUAGGCGUUACUGGCUUUGUUUUAAAACACCUUGAUCAGUAGGAAGAAAUUGUGUUUAAUCUCUGCAUAGCGAGCAUAGGAAGGUUUUGUAGACCAAGUGCUUUACCUCGUGCGUUACUUACCUACACCAUACACGUCAGUGCAAAGCUUAAGAUCUAAGUUCUGAGACCUCCUAGACGAUGAGAUUUUUGUAUUUUAAGACUGAGGGUCAUUAUCCAGUACUGGUUUCUAUUACAAGAUUGCUAGAUUUAUUUCAGAUGCAGAGUCUAGAUAAGAGACGAAAAAUCAUUCAAUUAACUUAAUUCAUGGUUCCGUUAACGACAUCAAUUUACUGAGUCAAGUUAAUUUUUUAGUACCAACUUAUUUCAAUCGUAGUAAAUUUCUAUUUCAUAUUCCUCACUCACACACAAAUAUGAUGUUUCAUUCGCCAUUAAUUGCCAUGUUACGCCUCUAUAACAAUGUUUCGUUGCAUAUCGACAUAUUUCUUGCUUCUCAAUCUUCUUUUCUCAAUGUGUAUUGAUACUGUGUAGUUUUUAUGAAUUCAU